CGUUUAGUAAAGCCCAGGUCAUUCGCAUCUCAUCUCCUCUACAGCCCACUUCCUUCUUCUUCCAUAUCACUCACCACUGUCGCUCUGUUCAAAUAUAAAACCAAGGCUGCUCCUAAGAAGGCUCCUCCACCAAAGCCCAAAGUUGAGGAUGGUAUCUUUAAUUUGGAACAUUUGGGGGGAUUGGUUUCACCAAGCAGAAUGAGCUCUUCGUGGGGCAUGUCGCCAAGAUUGGCUUUGAGUCUUCGUGGCCUCUGCUUUUGCCUUUGCCCUCUUUCAACUAUAGACUCUCAGCUGAGUGUGAUUGUACACAUGUGUUUUAUAUAUGGCUUGGCUGGUGCAGGAAUCUUUGCUUGGGGAAGCUCUUACACGGAAGGGAAUUUCAUCCCAGUUGAAUAUGGAAACUGGAAUCCCACGGGUUGGGCGCCAUCGAAGCCUUGGGUGACAAAGGACGCUUCAUCGACGACGACGAAGAGCCCACGGGACUCGACAAGGCCGUCAUCACCUCCGGCAAAGGCCUCCAGGGCGCUCUGGGCCUCCGUGGAGGUGGUCGCCGCCGCCGCCGUCGGCAUGCAGCACGGAGGACAUCAAUCAUAUUAUUUAUUUUUAUAA